GGGUGCUGAUAUCUGCUGGUGUUGUUGUUGUGACGGCAACUGUGGACUGUCUCUGCGAAUCAUCCAUGAUGGCGGUGGUGGUCGAAGUGGCUGCAGUGGCCGGUUGAGAAUAUGCGAAUUUGUAUGCUGAUUCAGCUGCGGCUGCUGCUGAAUAGGUCGUGGCUGUGGUGGUGGUUGCUGUGGGCGCACCGGCAUGGCAAAUGCCUGGCUAUGAGCCAACGGUGCUGGCCGCAAUUGCUGUUGUGCUGGCCGUAUUUGCUGUUGUUGUGGUGGUGGUUGUGGCCGUGGUUGCGGUCGUGGUCGCACUGUCUGCUGCUGCGGCUGUGCUGGUGGCGGUGGCCGCGAAUGGCCCUGCUGCCAGUGCAAUUGCUGUACUGGCUGCCCUGCCUGGUUCAGCAACACUGGAGCCUCGGUGCCCUGGGGCGUGGGUGGCAAUGGCUUGUGCUGCUGGUUCCGCAGCGUGCCCUCGUUCGAUGUACGCGCGUCCGGCAGGUGGCUGCUGGCGACUAUCCUGUAUAUGGCGGAAUUAAGCUGCACGUAGUCCCGAAACAGCGCGCCCGGCACAUUCAUUGCCUUCAGACUGUCAAUGUCCAGAGAGUAGAACCGCUCGGCAAA